AUGACAGACGCAACUAACCACCCCCUCUCCGGCCUCUGGCAACCUACUCAACUUCAGAAGCUUCACUACGGUGCCGACUCGGUCAAACAACAUCUCCUCUCAUGUCUUCCAAAAGAGUCAAGCAAAGCCUUUAUCAUUACUGGAAACUCCCUCGCCAGCAAGACGCCCUUGGUAAAGCAAGUUGAAGAGCUUCUAGGAGACAAACACGCCGGCACCUUCUCGAAGAUUGGCGAACAUGCGCCCGUCGCUCAACUGGAUGAAGCAACCGACCUAGUAAAGAAGGAUGAAAGCGUCGACACAGUCAUCUCCAUUGGCGGCGGAAGUCCAAUCGACAGUUCAAAGGCCAUCAGCUACCGGCUGAACGAGAAGACAGGAAAAUACCUAUACCACAUCGCCAUCCCCACCACACUGAGCGCAAGUGAAUGUACUUUCAUGGCCGGCUACACACAAUCCGACGGCGUAAAGACCGGUGUCAGAGCCAAAGAACUCGUCCCUCAUGUUGUCCUAUACGACGCCAAAUUCGCUCUACACACUCCCGAGCGCCUAUGGAUGUCGACUGGUCUCCGCGCCAUGGACCACGCUGUUGAGCUACUGUACCACCCAACAGCCACUGAGAUGCCCACUAGAUGGUUAACUCUACAGUCCGCAGCCACCCUCUUUGAAGCUCUGCCAAAAUACAAGCAAAACCCCAAAGACGAAGACGUGAUUACGAAACUUCAACUCGCUGCUUUCGGUUCCCUUGGGUUCCUGGGCUACAACGUCAAAGGUGGUCUUGGUCUUUCCCAUGCUCUGGGUUACGCGUUGGGCUCUCCUUACGGUAUCCCGCAUGGUAUCACAUCAUGCCUCACUCUCGGACAUGUGGUCAGGCUCAAGGCUCAGGACCCCGCUGCUGCAGAGCAGAUCGCUCGCUUGCUUCCGUUUAUCGAUGAAUCGGCGUCUGGCGAUGCCAAGGCUGAUGCUGAGAAGGUUGGGGAUAGGAUUCUGAAGUUGGUCAAGGACCUGGAGUUGGAUAGUGAUCUGAGAAACUACAAGGUGGGCAAAGAUCAGAUUCCCAUUAUUACGGAGAGAGCGACCGGUGGGCAGAAGGAAGGCAAGGCUUAUGAUGCUGUCGAGGGGUUGGUUAAGGGGCUGUUUGUUUGA